GGUCACACAUGCUCUCACUGGAGUCCAGGCACAAGUACCUUAAUGGUCCUCAGCAAAUAUUAAUGGAUCUGUAGCUCAAGCUUGGAUAUCAGGGAAAAAGGAAAAGAAAAGUGGAAAAAAUCAGGGAACAGGGGAAAGAAAAGUGGCAGAACAAGACAAAAGUCAGAAGGAAGGAAUUUUCCAUCAGCUGACCAGGAGAAGGCCAACAAAGGCGUACUGGAACCUUGCGGGCCAACUUUGUUUCUGCACCGGGGAAAGGAAAUCCUCCUGAAUGAAUGAGUGGGUGGGCCCCGAUAUCAAUGUGGUGGGAGCGAUGCAAAUCCCACCUGGAGAUGACUUCCCCAUCUCAGAGAUCUCAGAGAGCACCCAUUUCUUUGAUAUUCUGGCAGAUCAAGGCAGUUCUUUCCUGCAAGAUUCUGACAUCUUACCCUUCACCAGCUUUCCCAGCAUGCAGUACCCGCCCAUGGAGCCAAACAUGUCCUCCACUCCAUACUACUCCAACCAGAACUAUUACCCUCAGUACAGCGGAGACGAAUGGUACUCGCACACGGGCAUAUAUGAACUGAGGAAAGGACCCUUGGAGGGCAGUUAUGAAGCUGACAUGCAGGAGGGGUCCUCGGUUGUGCCGGCUGUCUGCAAGAGAACCCGUCACAUGAUGCAAACUGGAAGGAUGAAAGGGGAGGAGCUGUGCGUUGUGUGUGGAGACAAGGCCUCUGGAUACCACUAUAAUGCUCUCACCUGUGAGGGAUGUAAAGGUUUCUUCAGACGAAGCAUAACAAAGAACGCUGUGUACAAAUGCAAGAGCGGUGGAAACUGUGAGAUGGACAUGUACAUGCGCAGGAAAUGCCAGGAGUGCCGGCUGAGGAAGUGCAAGGAGAUGGGCAUGCUGGCAGAGUGUCUCCUGACAGAGAUCCAGUGUAAAUCCAAGAGACUGCGCAAGAACACCAAGGCUUCCCCGGGACGGUCGACAGGAGACGAGACGGAGGGGACAGACAGCGCAGACAGCAAACAGGUCACCUCAACCACCAAACUGUCAAAGGAAAAGGUUGAAAUCACUAAAGAGCAGCAGGCCUUGAUGAGGUUCAUCGUGGAUGCUUACAACCGACACCAAAUUCCUCAAGAUGUUACCAAAAAACUGCUCCAAGAACAGUACAGCACAGAGGAAAACUUCCUCCUCUUAACAGAAAUAGCCACAAAUCAAGUUCAAGUGUUGGUGGAGUUUACAAAAAAUAUUCCAGGUUUUCUGUGUCUGGAUCACGAAGAUCAGAUCGCCCUACUGAAGGGUUCGGCUGUAGAGGCCAUGUUUUUGCGCUCUGCUCAGGUCUUCAGCAGAAAGAUGCCCAACGGACACACAGAAGUUUUAGAGGAGAGGAUACGAAAGAGUGGUAUAUCAGAAGAAUUUAUCACACCCCUUUUCAACUUUUACAAAAGUAUCGGUGAGCUCCACAUGGUGCAGGAGGAACAGGCUCUCCUCACUGCCAUAACCAUCCUGACACCAGAUCGGCCUUACGUGAAGGAUCAGCAGGCUGUGGAGAGACUUCAGGAGCCCAUGGUGGAUGUGCUGAGGAAGCUGAGCACCCUCCAGCACCCAGAGGAGCCGCAGUACUUUGCUCGGCUCCUGGGCCGCCUGACUGAGCUGAGAACACUCAACCACUACCACGCAGAGAUGCUCACAUCCUGGAGAGUGAACGACCAAAAGUUCACCCCUCUACUCUGUGAGAUCUGGGACGUGCAGUGACACACGAGGAGCCGUGAAGGAGGUCGGGACGAUGAGAUGAACAUUUCAGCUUGCAAGACUGCUUCAUGUCCCGUGCAGGAAUCUGUGUUUGUACUGGAGGAUGUGAGGAUCUGGAAUUAAACUCUUGCACAAUCUGGUUUGCCUCGGCUGGCCUGACUUAUUUAGCUUGUCCGAGUAUUAUUUGUGUAUAAUGUGAGCUUUUAUUCACUGCUCACUCAAGGUUUAUCACUAAUAAUUGAUGGCUGUUCAUUCCAUGUUCAAAAGUUGGGAUUUAGCAAACUUUUUUGUGGGUUUUUUUUUUUUGGGUGCUUAGCAAAUGCAUACAAACAUUGGAGUUUAGUCAAAGCCACAAAAGUGCUCCUGAGGGGUAUAAUCUUAGAUUAUCUGUAUAUGCGUGUGUAAGAUUUACAUUUUAUGUGUCUGCUCAAAAACUUUUCAAGGGAAGGUUUACAUGGAAUAUUGUUUUUACACCACAGAGGAUACAGUUCUUCACUGUUUCUUAAGUUUUAAAGAUACUUUGUCUCAACAAAGUUAACCAAAGGUUGAUAACAUAAACCAGAAAUUGAUUAAAUAUAAAGAUGCAGAAUUCAAGGUUUUUUUCUUUCUUUUUUUUGUUUAUGCCUGAAAUUCGCCUUCUGAGAAUGAAAGCACUGUAAUUAAGGACCAUGUUUUUGCACAUUUGAGCCAAUUUUCUAAUAACCAAUAAACAGUAUUUUCCAUUUC